CUUUAUACUGUAUAAAUAGAUACCUUCAAUAAACAGCAAGAUUUCAUGAGCUAAACAGAUUUUCAUCAGUUAUCAUAUGAAAUCAACUUCAGGGCAAAAUCUAGCUCUUGAUGUAAUAUUUCCUCUGGACAAAGUUCCUGUUUUAUGCCUCACACAGUUGACUGGAAAUGGCACAUUAUCUGAUGUAAAGAUGUCAUUUAAAGACAACACAAUUAGUUUCCCUGAGCUUAUUAAGCUGAAACGAGACGGUGGCCAACUCAGCCAUGCAGAGAUACACACUUUUGUGCAUGGAGUCACAUCAGGAGACAUCCAGGACAGUCAAAUAGGUGCUAUGCUAAUGGCCAUAUGGCAGAAGGGCAUGACCGAUGAAGAGACCGUGGCAUUGACAAGAGAGAUGAUGAACUCUGGGGAGAUGUUUAAAUGGCCGAAGGAAUGGCUUGUGCUAGACAAACACUCAACCGGUGGGGUUGGAGACAAAGUCAGUCUUCCACUCGCUCCUGCUCUGGCUGCAUGUGGUUGUAAGGUGCCCAUGAUAAGUGGAAGAGGACUGGCACAUACAGGCGGCACCCUUGACAAGCUGGAGUCUAUCCAAGGGUUUAAAGUUAACCAGUCAGUUGAACAGGUGAAGCAGAUCCUAGAGGAUGUGGGCUGUUGCAUUGUGGGACAGACAAAGAAUCUGGUGCCAGCAGAUCGUGUUCUCUACGCCAUCAGAGAUGCCACAUCGACUGUUGAUAGUCAUCCUCUUAUCAUAAGCUCCAUCAUCUCUAAGAAAGGAGCUGAGGGUCUCAGUGCUCUUGUGUUAGAUGUGAAGUUUGGCAGAGCUGCUCUGUAUAAAGAUGUGGACAGCGCUCGCAGUCUUGCUCAGUCACUGAUCACUGUGGGCAACAAACUAGGUGUGAAAACAGGGGCGGUGCUUAGCCGAAUGGACACUCCUAUUGGCCAGAGUGUAGGAAAUGCAGUCGAGGUGUGUGAAGCCCUUGAGUGUCUUAAAGGACGAGGGUCAGAUGAUCUCAAGGAACUGGUGACAUAUUUAGGUGGGCAUCUAUUGUGGAUGUGUGGCCACUCCUGUACUGUAGAGAGUGGGAAAAAAGAAAUCGCUCUGAAACUGGAGAAUGGAGAAGCCCUGAAAAAGUUUGAGGCGAUGCUGAUGGCUCAGGGGGUGUCUGCAGAUGUUGCACAUUCCCUGUGUUCAGAUGAGAAUGACUACUUUAGGCACAUGAAGCGUGCAGCACAUCAGACAGAGCUUGAGGUACCAGAUAAUGGAGCCGUUUUGGACAUCGACGGUUUGGCUCUGGCUGAAGUGCUGCAUAAACUAGGGGCCGGCCGUUCUAAAUCAGAAGAGGAAAUCGAUCAUAGUGUGGGAGCGGAGAUCUUGGUUAAGAUAGGACAGCAGAUACAGAAAGGUGAAUCAUGGAUCAGGAUUCAUCACAGUUCCCCAGAUCUGAGUGCACACGAUUCUAACCUGCGGAAAGUUUUGGUCAUUGGCAGCCGAGACGAAUACAAGUCUGCUUCACGUGUGGCAGAAUUCAUCUACCCAAAUGAACCCAACAUGUCAUAACACACCUUCAUUCAAAAC